AUGGGUGAGUGGUGGAAGUGGAGAUGUGAGUUAAAAAUUUGUUAUAGCAAACAUGCAAUGACACUUCAUGCACCUAUUGACAAACUGCAGAAUUUGCUUCGCUUCAUGUUUUUUGUUGAGAAAAUUAAUAUUCUAAUGUUGAAACGAAGCCCUUUCUUAAGAAAACUUAAACGCAAGGCAAAUUGUUAUUCUAUUACAUCGCGAAAACGAGUCAUGGAGAAAUUAUUAGUUAGAAAUCAUUUCCGUGGAGAUUCGUCAAAUCCGAACACGAUGAGGAAGAUGCUUUUUAACAACUCACAGGCGCUUGCCCUUGCUACAUAA